CAAAUUGUCAACAUUGUUCCAGUUGUAGAGGGACAUGCGGAGUCACGUGACACGAGGCGAGCUGACAACGUGAGAACCGGUGACCGAGGCGGCGGCGUGCAGGUGACAAUGGAUUUUACAGAGGCCUACACUGAUAGAUGCUCCUCAGUUGGGCAUGCCGCUCGGACCGGAGAUGUGAAAUCCUUGAAGAAGCUCAUUAAGAAGGGAAGCAGCGUGGAUGUGCCUGAUAACAGAGGAUGGAUGCCAGUUCAUGAAGCUGCCUACUCCAAGUCAAGUCAGUGCUUGCAGCUGUUAAUUAAUUCAGCUCCUUCCAGGUCAUAUAUAAAAGCAAAGACAUUCGAAGGGGAAUCUGCUCUGCAUCUGGCUGCUAAGAGUGGCAGUGUGAGAUGUGCACAGAUACUGUUACAAGCUGGAGCUGAUCCAAAUGAAGUCACUAAUGAAGAGACAACGCCACUGUUUUUGGCUGUGGAAGGAGGACAUAAAGAAGUUGUUAAGCUGUUGCUGAAGAAUAAAGCAAAUAUUAAUGGGUCCCAUUCAUGUUCUGGAUGGAAUCCAUUGCACCAAGCUUCUUUGAUGGAACGUAGAGAUAUUAUCCUGUUACUUCUGGAGAAUGGCGUUGACAAGGAAUGUGAAGAUGACUUUGGGAUCACACCAGCAUUUAUUGCAUCACAGUACGGAAAAUACGAGAGCUUAAACCUGCUCCUUUUACAUGAGCUUCAUUAUGUAUCAGGUGCAAACGCUGACUGCCAGGCCAAGGACAAGGCCACUCCGUUAUUCAUCGCCGCUCAGGAAGGCCACGACAAGUGUGUGGGGCUGUUACUGGCCAAGGGAGCCGAUCCAAACCUGUACUGCAAUGAUGACAACUGGCAGUUGCCCAUUCAUGCAGCUGCUCAGAUGGGAAGAAGCAAGACUUUGGAUUUGCUACUGCCAGUCACAGAUCCAGCCAGUGGAGUAGCCGAUGGUAAAGUGAGCCCAGUGUAUUCAGCAGUUUAUGGGGGCCACAAAGAUUGUCUGGAAAAGUUGCUGAUGAACGGAUAUAACCCGGAAGCUCAAAAGUGCCCGUUGUUUGGAUGUGAAACACCAAUGUGUAUGGUUUUCCAGAGAAGGCACUUUGACAUUGUUCCCGUCCUUCUCAAAUACGGCUUCAGACUGUCUAGCGAACACUUAAAGUGUUGUCUGCAAAACAAAACCUUUGAUCUGUUCCGCUAUUUUCUGAAUCAGCGCUGCCCGUUGCCGUCUGGAAAAGAGGUGGAUGCACUCGGGCAGUAUGUGUGUAACGCACAGCAGGAGUGGGAGGAAUGGCUGCCCGAUCUGCUGCUGGCAGGAUUCCAUCCCUUACAUUUGUUGGACGUUGUAUGGAUUCGUUCUGUAAAUGACGACUUCCUGAAUUUCACCCUGGAGUUCACUGAUUGGAAGAGGCUUCCUGGACACGUGGAGCAGUACCUAUCUGUUCAGAGAAAGGCUUCAGCUCGGACCCAACUUAAACCGUUUGAAACCAUUCCAGCGCUGAUGCACCUCUGUCGGCUCCAGAUACGUUCUUUGUUGACGACUGAGCGUUUGCGAUCCGCUGAAUUUAUAUGCACGUUGCCACUUCCUGUGUGUCUCCAGGACUUCCUCCAUUAUUCUGACGUGCUGCGAAAAUAUGCCAUUACCCGGAUGCCUAAUUCCAGUGGCAGUAUAACGAGGACCACUGGUCAGUCAAGUGAUUGACUAUGAUCUACAUUGUACGACCAAAACAUAAAACUGUGUCUCGGGCUGCUGAGAGUAUUCUAGAAAAUUGCCCAUGACCUCUAAUUUAUUGUCCUUUCUUUACCUAAAGGUUUUGAGACAAAAGUAUCCCACAACCAAUGGCAAUGUGAGCAAAAAGGACUUUUUGAUGCUUAUUAUGUAAAUCAUUAUUUUGCCUUACAUGUUACUGUAUAUCUCUGUGCCAGUAUAAAUUAAAACAAAGUAUUUCUGUGUGUAAGAUUCUUUGGUUAAAAGUCCAUUUUGGAGAGCCCAUUAAGUAUUCUACAAGCCUAGCAUUUCAGGCCAGCCUGCACAUCACUACUGGAGACCCAAGGUCCCAAUGGUGAACCCGGCGGCCAGGGCCCUGCCAGCACUGACCAUCUUCUCUCUCGCUGCCAUUAAUGCCUUCCACCGACUGUGCACUUGCUUGCUGCACACACCCAGAGCAGUGGGGGUCUACCAGGACUUCUCCUGGUGGACCAGUUGACUUCCAGUGGAGUUGUUCUCCAACAUUUGUUGUCUUUUCCUGCCCCAUGCAGCACUGUAAAUUCAGUUUUGUUUUGUUUUUUCUCUCUUAUUAGGCGUGUCUCUAAUUUUACUGUUCCAAAGCAGUAAGAUUUCUGAGGCAGUUUCAUAUAUUGGUUUCUUGGACUUAUGGAGAAACAAAAACACUUGGCUAGUAUAAAUCAAGGGAUAUAUGUUUAACUCAUUAACCAGAAAUAAUGAGUGGUGACUUAAAUGUUCUAUACUGUACGUUGUGCCAUUAGUGCAAUUUAGAGAGUCACGAUGCAAGCUAUAUUCAAUCAAUCCAAAGUGGAAAGGGGCAAUAAUAGAGGAGAAUAUAACCCAACUGAAAGGAAAAGAACAUUAUGAGCCAAGUGACUGUGACUAUACAGUUCUUAUGAAUAUUUUUUAAAUAUAUCCUUGUACAACAUCUCCAAUUAGGAAAUGGAAGCAGCUGUCUGUAUCGUAUUGUGGCUGUCAAUUUCAACCACUUUCUAGGUCUCCUCCACCUGCAGUGGAUAGGUACAUAGUCCAUCAAGUUCAAUAUGCAAGAAAGAAUUCUCUUAUUUGAGAGUGUUGCCACUACAACAUCCAGAUUCCUUUUUUUUCUCUCAAUAAACUGGGCUCAUAAGUCCCUUGCAAAGGCAUUCCAAGAAAAGUCAAUUUGGGGAAAAGUUUUUCCAUCCUUGCCCCAUUUACAAAAGUAGUAUUUUUAUUAAAAAGGCCAGUUCUGUAUACAAACGCCUAAUAGCAUUUUCUAAUUGCCAUCUGUCAAUUUUAUCUUUCUCUGUGCUACAGAUCCAUUAAUGCGGAAUCAGAUCUGUACAUGGAUGUUAUGUAACCGGAAUAUUAUAUAUGAUAGUUUUUAUCAAGCAAGCAGUUAGUACAGGCUUGUGCCUGCCCUCUGCACUUAUGGUGACCCAGGGUCAGGAUGUGCCAACAGGGAGAAAAACAUGGGUUCCUUUCCAGGACUGGGUGGUUAUCUGCAGUGGCCACAAAUGAGGUCUACUGUGGGGUUGGGUGGGGCAAUGGGGCCCAUGGCUGGGUUGGUGGGCCCUUGAGGUGUUUGUUGUCAGUGGGCCCUGGACAUCCCAGUCCAACAUUGUGGUGGCCUAACCAAAGACCUCUUUAAAUUCUUAGCAAUUUCACUGGGGCAUGUAGCACCUGCUAUGCCAGGCCAUACAAGUUUUAUUUGUUAGAAAUGUGUGGAAUUCCAUGGGAACCAUAGCAACACAACAUAAUCGCUAUUAAUAAAGCCACAUUUACUGUAGAUACCUGACCUGAAUACUCCUUUUUCUUCUGCACAAACCUUCUGUAAACCCAACGUUCACAUGUUGCUCUUGACUUCACAUUCAUGUCAAAAAUGAAUGAUUCUAUUUCCUAACAUAAAACACCUCUUAAAUCUUAAUUCAUUCCUUCAUCGACACAUCUCUUAAUUGCCAUUUUGCUCAAGAUUUAAAGAUUCCGCUCAAUCGAGAAUUUUGCUAUGUAUUUUCUUUUCAGUGCAGGCACGGAUGAGAACUAAGAAGGUGGAGGGUGUUGAGCAGAUGACAUUUAGAGGAACGAUAGUUAAUGAGGGAGUCAAGGUACAGUUUGUAGGGGAAGGUAAUGAAAAAUAAAGCUAUUGGUUUUAUAUUAGGGUCUAAAAUGAACUCUGAGGCAGCGUAGGGAGAAAUGGAAAUUGUGGGAGGAUUUAUGAGAGAAGUGUCUGGCAGAUGUAUUUAUGGAGGAUUGUAAAGGGCAGUAUCUAAUUGCAGCAGAUCGAUAGGAAGGGAAUUGCUGGAAGGCUUGAAAUUUUGAAAUGAUAGAGAUUCUCUUUUUUUUCCUGGUAGAUUUUUUUAGGGAUAGUGUAAGUUGUCACACAAACUAAUUUCUCAAACAGAGUGUUAGUAUAAAUAAUUGAAAUCAAAACUUCAUGACAGUAAAGGGGUGACAGACAGACAAUGGGAAGUCAUUUCAGAAAAUAACAUUUUGUCCAAUAUAAGCAUUAUAUUUUCUUUCUUUAAAUGAAAAAUAUUUUUUACACAUUCGAGUUAUAUUUUCGGAAAAAUUGAAUGUCUGGUAUUUAUUAAAGGGCUUGUUCACCUUCAAACACUUGUUUCAGUUCAGUUGGUUUCAGACAGAUCACCAGAAAUAAAGACUUUUUCUAAUCA